GAAGCCGGACCGCUAACCAGCUAACCGCUAGCUGUCAACAAAGGGCGAAACUGGACUCCAUCGGUGGAUCCAUGUGGAAGUCGGCGGGGUUGUGGACUCUGACAGCCCUCCUCUAAACUGAGUCUGACUCCCAGCCGCGUCGGGAACAAUGGCGACAGCAGCUCAGCUGUUCGAGGAGCCCUUCGAUGCGGAUGAGUACAUCGAAAGGCUGGCAUGGAGGACACCCGGGGGAGGCUCCAAAGGAGGAGCUGAGGCAUUUGACCCCAAAAGGCUGUUGGAUGAAUUUGAGAACCACAUAGAAGAGCUGAAGCAGUUGGAUGAGAAGAUCCAGCGGCGAGUGGAGAAGCUCGAGCACCAGUGUCAUCGCGAGGCCAAGGAAUUUGCCCACAAAGUGCAAGAUUUGCAAAGAAGCAACCAGGUGGCCUUUCAACACUUCCAGGAGCUCGAUGAACACAUAAGCUAUGUGGCAACAAAGGUUUGCCACCUUGGCGACCAGCUGGAGGGGGUGAACACCCCUCGACAGAGGGCCGUGGAAGCUCAGCGUCUCAUGACCUACUUCAACGAGUUCUUGCAAGGGGACCUACGCAGUGACGUCUUCAAUAACCCCGACAAGAUUAAGGAGGCUGCUGAUAUAAUUCAGAAGCUGCAUCUCAUUGCCCAGGAGCUGCCAUUCGACAGAUUUGCCGAUGUCAAGGCAAAGAUUGCAAGUAAGUACCAUGACCUGGAGCGGCAGUUAAUCCAGGAGUUCACAGCUGCCCAGCGCAGGGGUGAGAUUGGACGUAUGCGGGAGGUGGCAGCGGUUCUAUUACAUUUCAAGGGCUACGCACACUGUGUGGACGUCUACAUCAAGCAGUGUCAGGAAGGGGCCUACGUGAGGAAUGAUGUGUAUGAGGACACUGCCGUCCUCUGCCAGAGAGUCAACAAGCAGGUGGGCGAGGUCUUCAGCAGCCCAGAGACUGUCAUGGCCAAACUCAUUCAGAACAUCUUUGAAAACAAAUUGCAGGCCCACGUUAGAGAGAAACUGGAUGAAACGCGACACACUGAUGCAGAGCAAUACCUCAAGAACCUCAAUGACCUUUACACCAGGACGACAGCGUUGGCCACGAAGCUGAACGAGUUCAACCUGGGCUCAGACAAGCACACGUUCCUGUUUAAACUCAUCAAGAGCAUAUUCUCCUCGUACCUUGAAAGCUACAUUGACAUGGAGAGGGAAUACCUUCGCACUCGAGGUGCUAUGAUUCUGCAGCGUUACUACGACUCCAAGAAUCACCAUAAACGCCCAAUUGGCACCGGCAGUAUCCAAGAACUGAAGGAGCGGAUCAGACAGCGCACCAACCUCCCUCUAGGCCCGAUGAUUGACACCCAUGGGGAGACCUUUCUGUCCCCAGAGCUAGUUGUCAAUCUGCUGCAGGAGACGCGUCAUGCCUUUGAGAGAUGCAACAGGCUUUCAGAUCCUUCAGACCUGCCCAAGAACGCCUACUCCAUCUUCCUGCUGCUGGUUGAUCAUCUGUGUGUGGAUCACAUUGACUACGCACUAGAGAUUGGCCUCUCAGCGAUCCCCUCAUCAGAUGCCAAGAAUGCCAACCUGUACUUCCUGGACGUCGUUCAACAGGCCAACUCUAUCUUCCACUUGUUUGAUAAGCAGUUUAAUGACCAGCUCAUGCCUCUUAUAAGCUCAUCUCCAAAGUUGGCAGAGUGCCUGCAAAAGAAGAAAGAGGUGAUUGAACAGAUGGAAGUGAAACUGGACACAGGAAUCGACCGAACAAUAAAUUGCAUGGUGGGGCAAAUGAAGCACAUCUUGGCAACAGAGCAGAAAAAGACUGAUUUCAGGCCCGAGGACGAGAACAACGUCAUGAUCCAGUACACCACGGCUUGCUCUAAGGUAUGCGCCUACGUCAGUCGGCAGGUGGAGCACGUGCGGAAGUCCAUGGACGGGAAAAACGUGGACACGGUGCUGACCGAGUUGGGCGUUCGUUUCCACCGGCUCAUCCACGAGCACCUGCAGCAGUACAGCUACAGCUCGAUGGGAGGCAUGCUGGCCAUCUGCGACGUGGCUGAAUACCGACGAUGCGCCAAGGGUUUCAGGGUACCGUUGGUGCUGCGGCUCUUCGACACGCUCCACGCCCUCUGUAACCUCCUGGUUGUUGCCCCUGACAACCUGAAGCAGGUCUGCUCAGGUGAGCAGCUCACCAAUCUGGACCGAAACCUUCUGCACGCCUUCGUCCAGCUCAGAAUGGACUACCGUUCAGCCAGACUGGGCCGACAUUUCAGUUAAUGACUAUCGCAACGCCUCGCCGCCCUCCGUCCACAAACCCGUGCUUUGAUGGGACGAUGCUCCUCGAAGAAACCAUUCCUGCUCCAGGGAACGCGUCGGCCUGGCCCCGGCACACAGACUUCACCGGGGUCGCUUUGCACAUCGUGGAGCCAGAAGGCCACUGCUCCUCGAACGUGACAAAAAUGUGCAUUUCACCUUUUUUUUUUCUUCAUUGUUUAUUUCGUCAAGCUAAAGAAAUCGAAAUGCCUAUUGACUUAAUAUUUCAUUUGUUUUUAAAUACUAAUCCAUUACCAAUCCACAUCGCUAGAAUCUCUGAUAUAUUAGAGUAAAUGGACAACAUUGAUUUCUGUGCCCAUGUAAAACUAUUUUUCUUUUGAUUGUGCCAAAUAUAUCAAUUCUGUGGCUGCAGUUGUGCGCAGGAAUAGACCCGAAAAAGCUGCCGUGGAGGGAGGCUGUCACGCCGUGUCGUCGGACAUCGAAGCCGCAGUAGCACUGCGUACUGGGAACAGCUUCCCUUUGUCACGAGGUGUAGGCGACCUGACGGAGACAGCCCCACCAAGCAUGAGAUAUAGAGCCCCGUCUGGCUAAGAGAGACACAUGACCACCUCGCUAACCUUUGACCUCUGACCACAAAGUAGAGGUCGCGAGGCCAUCGCAGCAAAGUGUGAUCUGGACUAUUAACCGGUCUGAGAACCUCUCUGGAGGUGUGGGUGGUCCCCUUUAGGCUAAGAUGACUGGCGUGAUGGGUCAGUGAGUAUGCGUCACUGUAAUUGCACAGAUCAACACUUGCUCAUCCAGCGGGGCACACAGGCCAAAGACAUUGUUGGCUUGAUCUGCAGUGUUUCUGGGUCGGGAGAUGUUCAAAUGUUGACCUCUGCUGAUUAAAGGACACAACCUAGAGGGGACUUCUUCACACAGGGCUUAUUGGGUCUCAACUGUCUUCUGCACUAAAAAGUCAGAUGUCCCCGAUGCCUCGAACGGUCUGCGACGCCACGCUGCUCCCACUGUACUGCUGUUUACCUGAUUUAGUGACUCAUUAAAAAAUAAAUGUUGCAUUUUAUUAUCA